CUUUUUUUCCAGACCUGUCAGUCAGAGGCAUUUUGAAUAAUUCAUCUGAUCGGAGCAGGUGAUACCACAAUAGUGCUGGCCCCACAUGGAAAUAACGCUGAUGAAUUAUUAACGACGCCCUUUGCUGUGUAUUACUGACUGCGCUGAGGACUUGACAAUGGCUGAAUCAGCGAGCGAACAGAGGCAAAGUAUGGUAGAGCGGGCAAAGCUUGCGGAACACGCAGAGCAGUACGAGGACAUGGCGAAGUGCAUGAAGGAGCUGGUGGAGCUGGACGUGGUCCUGACGGAGGAGGAGAGGAACCUGCUGUCCGUGGCCUACAAGAAUAUGCUGGGCGCGCGGAGGGCCGCCUGGCGGGUCAUCGCUUCCGCGGAUCAGAAGCAAGUUGAGCAGGAGCUGGACGAGUCGGACAGCAAGCGGAAGGCGGUGAAGUGGCUACGGGAGAAGGUGGAGACCGAGAUGAAGGAGAUGUGCGGCGAAGUCUUGGCGCUGCUCGACAAGUUCCUCAUCCCCAGAGUCGAAACGGCGGAGAGCGAAGUCUUCUACCAGAAGAUGAAGGGAGACUACUUCCGAUACCUUACGGAAAUCAGCGAGGGCGACGAGAGAGAUGAUAUGGCGACGAAGGCCAAGGAGUCCUACGAGAAAGCGCAUGAGAAGGCUGCCCAGCUGCCUAAUACGAACCCCGUACGACUGGGGCUGGCGCUAAACUUUUCAGUGUUCCACUACGAGAUCCGGAAUAAUCCCGACGAGGCCUGCCGGCUGGCGAAGGAGGCGUUCGACGAUGCCUGUAAGGACUUGGACCAGUUGCAAGAGGACUCGUACAAAGACUGUACCCUCAUCAUGCAGCUACUGCGGGAUAACCUCACGCUUUGGACGAGCGAGAAUGAAGACACGGGGGACCAAGAGGACUAGAUCGCCCCCCUCCCCAUAUCAAACAUUUGAAACAUACCCUGCAACCUUUGGAACUGUAAUCUUGAGACUUUUUGAAACUGUCUUAUCGCGUAGACGUCUUGGGUCAACGCUAACUUGUGUCUUGGGUGAUUAACUUUAUCACGCUUAUGUUACCGCAUAAGCAAUUAUGUGAAUCAUUGUUUAAUCAUAUGAAAUACAUUCCGAACGCAUUCCGAGUACUAUAUCAUCUUCAUACCUUCACGAUCACAAUGAUCUCGCACAAAAAUACUUUUUCUCUAUCUCACUCUCUUUGCUUAUCUGAAGUGAAACCCACUGUAGUUGCCAUUUUGUCGGUGCAGUAUGAGCAUCAGCAUCAAUAUGAUUAUCUUCACUGAACUAUCGAUAACCUUCAGUUUUAAGAGCAAACUGCUAACGGGAAUACUAUCAAUGCAUAUAUAUGUUGCGAAAAUUGCUAAUGAUGCUAAGAUACAGUCAAUCCAGUACGGUUUAGGGUGUUACAGAAAAGAAACAAGACGAAACGAUCGUGUAACAAGAAAAGGUUGGCCGCCUAUGUAUGCCAAACGGUAAAAAGAUUCAAAGAAAUGAAUGUUUCCUGAUGAUGUGUGGUCGUUUCAUGGGUAACCUGUGUUAAACAGCGAUGCCAGGGUCUGAUGCAUGGCCUCGACCCUCCUUGGUCAUUCUGGCGGGCAGCUAGUAGUCCAGUAAUUUGAUGGGCUUCGUUUUGCUCGCCUAGGACCAAUCCUAUUCUACCUCCGUUCGCUUCUUUUAUCAUUUUUUUUCUGCGUGAAAACCAUUGUUAGAACAAACCGGGAGCCAGAAUAGAAUGGUUGCCAGGCCAUAGUUUUACGCAUGGUCUAUAUCUGUAAUUGUGUUUCAUUUUCUGUAGACUGUUAGUUACAGUUGAUUUAUCAUGCAUACACUUGGUUUUGGUUUGCUGGUGUCAGGUCAGUUUUAUGGGGGCAUUGGCGUUGCUGAUGAUCCUGGAAUAAAAUUGCACAGCUCA